AGUGGCUGAUUCAGGUUCACAAAGAGAGAGACUAUAUGGGCCUGUGCUGAUGCACUAUGUUAUGUCUGAUAGACUGACGUUUCAUUGUGCUAAACUCAGGGAAAGAGAUAGCAACGUACUGUGAGACAUACAGCUCCGGAGAACACCGCGGAUUUGGACGGUCAGAACUGAGGUGCUUUUUGGAGAUCCAAAAAGGUCUGCAUGGGUACUGAGAACACAUCAGGGCUCUUACCAACCUCUCUACUUCCUAAAGGCCCGUUUCCCUACUGGGUUCCACCCAAACCCCAGCCCAGAAGGGAACGAUGGCACUGGGCCACAGACACUGUAACUGUCCUGAACAGGAACACCUGUACAGGUGAAGCAGGGGACCAUGUUCAGGAGAAGGGACAACUGACCAGGAACAAGUCCAUACCACCUCUCAUCUAUAGCCAGGGGGACUCUAUUUCAUCUGAAGUUAUGACCUCUGGCUCUUCCAGGAUCCAAUCUGCAUCUUCAACGACACCAGCGGAGGAACAGUGGGCUUCCAUUGGAUUCACACCUGUGCCAAAGCCUUGUCUCAGAGUCGGACCAACACCCGCAGAGAAACAACGGACUUCCAUCGGAUUCACACCUGUGCCAAAGCCUCGUCUCAGAGUCGGACCAACACCCGCAGAGAAACAACGGACUUCCAUCGGAUUCACACCUGUGCCAAAGCCUCGUCUCAGAGUCGGACCAACACCUGCAGAGGAACAAUGGACUUCCAUCGGAUUCCCACCUGUGCCAAAGCCUCGUCUCAGAGUCGGACCAACACCUGCAGAGGAACAAUGGACUUCCAUCGGAUUCCCACCUGUUCCAAAGCCUCGUCUCAGAGUCGGACCAACACCUGCAGAGGAACAAUGGACUUCCAUCGUAUUCACACCUGUUCCAAAGCCUCGUCUCAGAGUCGGACCAACACUUAACCCACACAGCAGAGACUCAGGUCUGGCAGCAGGACAUAUGGAGGAGCCCUUAUGCUUACGUACCAACCCCGUCCAAAGACUUCCUCCCCCUAACAAGCCCCUCCCAACUUUAAAAAUAAACAGUAUUGUUCAGAGAAUGGUCCACAUGAACACAGAGAACAGACACAUUGGAUCCAUGGUUGUCAUUGACACUGAGGGCUCAGGAGCAGAUUUGCAUUAUACACAGCUUCCAAGAGGCAGCCAGGAGAGGCUGAACACUACUGUGACAGACAAGCUGAGAGCAAACUGCAGAGAGAAAAACGGUUUAUUGGAAACCUUGUGGCAGGAACGCAGACUGGUGCAAGAGAGCGGAAUACUGCCGUACCUCAACAAGCAAGAGCUGCUGCUUCAGGAGAGUAUGUAUGAGGUGGUGACGACAGAGCAGUCCUACCUGGAGAGGCUGGGUGUCGCUGUGAACCAUUUCAUGAAGUCAUCUACCCUGCGUCUAGCCCUGUCACCCAGAGACCACAAGUCCCUUUUCUCUAGUAUUGCCAAGAUCAGGGAGAUUAGCCAGAACUUUCUAGACAUAAUGAGGGAGGAGCUGGAGUCUAACCUGCUAUGUGACAUGUUGUAUUCUCAGCUUUCUAGACAUAAUGAGGGAGGAGCUGGAGUCUAA